AUGAAGAUGGGCGACCACGUAUCGAUCGGUGCCAACACGGUCCUUGAGGCAGCUACCAUCGGAUCGCACGUCGAGAUUGGAGCCAAUUGCCUGGUCGGACGCUUCGUCAUCAUCAAGGAUUGCGCACGUAUCUUGGACGGCAGCGUCGUGGCGCCCAACACUGUGAUUCCAUCCUUUUCGAUCUUUGGAGGAAGCCCGGCGAGGCUCGUGGGAGAGCUGCCCGAGACCUUCUCGGAAUCCAGCGAGGCCAAGAUGAAGGACCUCUACCAACGUUUCCGAGCUACCAACGACAGAUGA